AUGCUCGGUCUUAGGCGGAAGUGCUCGGCUACCCGGACCCGUUGCAGGGCUGCGGUUGAAACCGUCGGUCCGUAUCGCGGCUCUGCAGCUGUUUUUCGGUCCGGUUCGAAGAGCUCAGACAUGGACCUUUAGCGUCCGCCGUGUCUGCGUCGUUGCAGAGUUCGUCCGUGUGCCCGGAAGAGUGCUCCAUAGCCGGCAGAGAAUGAUGCGUUUCAUGCUGCUGUUCAGCCGGCAGGGCAAGCUGCGGCUGCAGAAGUGGUACACUGCCACCGCCGAGCGGGACAAGAAGAAGAUGGUGCGCGAGCUCAUGCAGAUCGUGCUGGCGCGCAAACCAAAGAUGUGCAGUUUCCUGGAGUGGAAGGACCUCAAGAUUGUCUACAAAAGGUACGCCAGCCUGUAUUUCUGCUGUGCAAUAGAGGAGCAGGACAACGAGCUGAUCACCCUGGAGGUCAUCCACCGCUUCGUGGAGCUCCUGGAUAAAUACUUCGGCAGCGUGUGUGAGCUGGACAUCAUCUUUAACUUUGAGAAGGCCUACUUCAUCCUGGAUGAGUUCCUGAUGGGAGGGGAGAUCCAGGACACGUCGAAGAAGAGCGUCCUCAAAGCCAUUGAGCAAGCGGACCUGCUGCAGGAGGAGGACGAAUCCCCUCGCAGCGUUCUGGAGGAGAUGGGCUUGGCGUAGUACACAACAGAGCUGUUGCCACAGCAACGAGGCGGAGGGCAGAGUGCCUGGAACUGAGCAUGCUCGGACUUGUGCCGCUGGCUCUGGGCUCUGCUGCCCCACCUUUUGUCGUGGGGAAGAUGCUCAGGCAGCAGAUCCGCAGCCUUUUGUCGUGUUUGUGAGUGAGUGUGAGCCCAGCGUGGGGCUGUGGUUGUGUGUGGUUGUCACGGGGGGGGGGGAGUCCAGCUGAAGUCUCAGGUGUGAAGAAUGUCCACCAGAGCAGGCCUCACCGCAUCGGCUCUCCUUCACGUUUAGACUCUGGUCCUCAGUGAAGGACUGCAGCAACAUUCCUGUCGACGUUCCCCUCUGGUCCCGUCAGACUACUGAUGCCGGUCCAGCUGCUUCCCCGCUCUGUGUCGCCCCAGAAAUGAAGAGCACCGCGGUCAACUACUGCCCCCUUCAGGCCUUACCAAGCACCCGCUUCUCACCCCAGCAGACGCGAUGAUUUAACCUGAUCUUCACGAAGAAACACACACAUUUAAGCCGUAAGAAAUGAUCAUCAAAAAUAUCCUACGAAGAAUGAUGGGGUGGAGGAAACGGCUGUGGAAGCUCGGAUGAGGGGACAUAAAUAAACACUCGUGGAGUGUCCUGAUCCACUGCAGCUUUGUGCCACUUUUGCUUUUAUUAAACCUUUUCCACAAAGCAAACAGAAUUAGUCUUCAUCAACAGUUUUCUGGACUUUUAAAAGCGUUUUUAAAGGUUUUAUUUUUUAUUUUCUAAUUUCUUCCAGAUAAAUCUGUGAUUAAACCACCAAGCAAUGCAUUGAUUAUUUACAUCAAGAGAAGCUGCCUUAAAUCUGGACGGUGAACCACAGCUCUUCUUGAUGGACUUCCUCUUCAUCUUUCACAGCAGAAAAACAUCAGCCGUUUGAGUUAACAGUUAGAAACGUCUUGCAGACUUUAAAAGCUGACGCGGUCGUCGGAUCGCAUUUAAAAGUCAUACGUGACGAUAAAGGAACGCAGAAGUCCGCUGGCUCCUCAAAGCUGCAGCGACUGAUUCAAAAUGACUGUUUGUUUGUUUUAGGAAUGAUCCAACAGAAGGAUCUGGAUGUGAGUGACUGUUAUCGAUCUCUCAGCGGCUGAAUGUGAUUAUGAAUUCAUUAAAAAACCUCUGAUGCUUCCUCUGUUACAUACAUCCAGCACACUCCCCCCUACAUCUCCUCUUCCUCUCUGGCAGAAGCUCAUUCUUCAUCCUUGGGGAGCAGAAAACCCUGUCUGACGUCUCCCUACGGGAUGCGCAGAUGCUGGUGGAGCAUCAGGCAGGCUGGGGACACGCUGCUCAGCAGAGGCUCUGCCCCCUAACAGAAUGAAGUGAGGGCGUGUGCAUGGGGGUGUGUGUGCGUGUGCGCGUCUUUCAGCUUGUGUUGCUUUCAGGAAUGUAUGUACAUAUUUUCUAAUCUGUCUUUCAAAGUGAGAACUCUUGUUUGUAUGGAGAGCUGGUGACAAUAAAGCUGUUUUUGAUUGUGA